GCCGAAGAGGAAGAGCGCCAUAAUGCUGAGAAUGAACGACGCAAGAAGCGUUUUAUCAAUGCUGAAUCAACACCUGCUCACGUGAGCAUCGACGAAGAGGAUGAAGGUGACGUCAUUUCGGUUACAUCGAUCGUAUUUUUGACUCGAUAUGUUUUUGACCUAGCUACAACAAGUAUCAAUUCCACUGCGACAGUCGGCAGCAAGCGUAAGCACGUACGUAGCUUUUGGAUUCCGUCGUUGAACGAAGAAAAUGUGCCGCAUGCAAUCGAUAAACCAGACAUGAAAAUUUACUGUCCGAUGAGCGGCAAAGUGCUGAAGUUCAAGGACCUUACUGCGGUGAAGUUUGCAACUGCGAACAUCGACGGCGAGGUUAAAUUCCUUUGCGCGGUCUCGAACGAUAUACUGACCAAUUCGACGCCGUGUGCAGUGCUGAAAACUUCUGGAAACGUGGUGACUAUAGAUUGCGUAGAGAAUGUCAUAAAAAAGGAUUGGAUCGAUCCUACGAACGGCAGGAAUAUGACCGAGCAGGACAUUAUUCUUUUGCAACGAGGAGGAACGGGAUUUGCGGCCGUAAAUACGAACCUCAAGGCGAAAAUUGCAAGGCCGGUCUUGGAACUUCAAAUCGUUGUUUGGCAGAAGUGCGGAAUGGUUUUGGGCGAUAGUGAUUCGGAAGGCGCUGUAUUGUCUGUGACCGAUAAAAAGCAAUCUAACUCAUGGGAGGCGCAACCGGAUCAAAAUCAGGGUACCCGUUUGAUGGCUCCGAUUGUCGUGCUGCAGGGUCACGGCGGCGAAAUCUACUCGGCGAAGUUCAGCAAUGGUGGUGAUUUCUUGGCAUCUGCUGGCUUCGAGCACAAAAUUUUUCUAUGGAAUGUUUAUGGUGAGUGUGAAAAUUUCGCCGUGUUGAGAGGUCAUUCUGGCGCUGUUAUGGAGCUGCAUUUUUCUGCAGACUCAGACGUUUUGUUCACGUGUUCAACAGACAAAACGAUCCGGUUGUGGGAUUUGGAAACGGGCAUCUGUCGGCGAAAAUUCAAAGGUCACGCAUCGUUCGUCAACUCUUGCUUUCCCGCUCGGCGUGGGCCAGAAAUUGUCUGCUCCGGAAGCGACGACGGUACGAUUAAACUCUGGGAUAGUAGGAAGAAAGACCCGGUGCAGUCUUUCGAGAAUUAUUACCAAGUGACGACGGUAACUUUCAACGACACGGCGGAACAGAUCGUGUCUGGCGGUAUCGACAAUGACAUUAAAGUUUGGGAUUUGCGCAAGACAGAUUUGGCGUACCAAAUGCGAGGUCACACGGAUACAGUGACUGGCCUGGAGCUGAGUCCUGACGGGACGCACGUUCUUUCGAACUCUAUGGACUGUACUGUCAGAGCCUGGGACAUUCGACCUUUCGCUCCUGAGAUGCGCUGUACCAAAGUGUUUCUCGGCGUCCAGCACAACUUUGAGAAGAAUUUGCUGCGGUGUUGCUGGUCUCCUAAUGGCAGCCGAGUUUCCGCCGGAUCGGCAGAUCGUUUUGUUUAUAUCUGGGAUGUACCCAGUAGGAGAAUACUUUACAAACUGCCAGGUCAUCUAGGGUCUGUGAACGAAACAGAUUUUCAUCCUACAGAAAAUAUCAGUAAGUGUCAUAAUUUCUUUCUGCUGGAAGCGAUAAAAGGUUAUUUUUGGGCGAGGUACAGUAAAAUUGGCUUCGAAUUGUACCGUCACAUUUUUGCCCUGUUCAGCGAGAUUUCAUUUUUGAACUGUGUUUCUCGCUGUGGUGUUUCUCGUUUAUUCACGUUUUCGUUAUCGGAUCAGACUCCAGGUGCAUUUGUAUGUACUGAUAUGUCUGAUCUAUGCAUUAGUGUUGAUGACAGCGGAGUUGACCAAAUGAAGCGAGCCUUCGUCUGCGUUUCGCCGUACCACUGCAUUUACAAGAAUCUCGCACUGGAGCAUCUGCUGUUCUCUAAGUUCGACUUCGAGAAGACCGACGGUCUGUUGCUGUGGCGCAAUCAUCCGGCGGUCGUCAUUGGUCGCUUCCAAAAUCCUUGGGUGGAAUCAGAUGUCAGCUUCUUGAAUGCAUGCGGUAUUGCAUUGGCCAGACGCGCUAGUGGUGGCGGCGCCGUUUAUCACGACCUAAGCAACAUAAACUUCAGUUUUAUGUCCAGCAAGCGUCGCCACGAUCGCAGCGCGAAUCUGCACGUUCUCCAGCAGGUUGUGCGUCAACUCUAUGACGUCCAUUUGAAUAUUGGAAAACGGCACGACUUAUAUCUUGACAGGAUUUUCAAAGUAAACAUUGUUUUCCUUAAACUUACGUCUAACAUGCGAAUCAUAUUUCGCUAG